AUGAGUUCAGAUGAGGAUAUUCCUAAAAUAAUAAAAUCAACAUCUUCAAGACAUGAGUAGAUGAUCUAAUCAUUGAUAGAUAAUGAAGGAGGUCGAUAAAAUUUAUAAGUUUUGAAUGAUCGGAAGGUGCUUUUGAUAUAUGCAUCCGGAGCUGCUGCUGCAGAGGGAGAAGUGAAUGAAUCUCAUAUGAAAGUAGUCAAAGGAAGAUUAGAACAGAGAUUGAAAAACAUUUCAUUUCUUUGUGACCUCGAAUACACUUAAUACCAUAGUCAAGAUGGAUGUCUUGCUACUCCAAUAUCUGAAUUUGGGAGAAGAAUAAUCUACAAAGUAAUGGAAUUGGAAUAAAUAACCAACUCUAGACAAACAUCUUAUGCUGAUAUCAGACAUAUAGCAGAAGUUAUUAAGGAGAAUUAUGAGAAAUAUAGUGCUUUUGUUAUUUUGAGUGGAAUUGCAACAAUCACUUAUCUUGGAACAAACCUCUCCUUCAUGUUAGAAAACUUAUAAAAAACUGUAGUGAUCACUGGAUCAUUGCUACCAUUGUCAUUUAUGAGAAAUGACGCAUUUCAAAAUAUCUUGGAUUCAUUAAUUUUAGCUGGGCAUUUCUUGAUUCCUGAGGUCUUAAUCGCCAUGGAUCACAAAGCCUAUAGAGCCAAUAGAUGCAGACAAUUAAAAUGUGAUUCCUUGGAUUGCAUAGAGAGUCCAAACUUUCCUCAUUUGGUAGAAUUCGGAAUCAAUGUUGAAAUCAAGUGGCAACUGGUCUUAAGAAGAGGAGAAUAAAUGUUCACAAGUGAUGAAAGCACCUUGGAAUUGGCACCUCCAUUUGUGACUGAUGUCAUAAUAAUAAAGAUCACUCCUUACACGAGUGUUGAGCACAUUAGACAUAUUCUGAACACUCCAAAGUUGAGAUGUUGCAUCUUAGAAUGCUAUCACUUUGGAGAAAUGCCUCAUAGUUAGGAAUUGUACAAUGUAUUGUAGCAUGCUCAAUAACAAUUGGGGAUUAUAUUGAUUCAGAUAUCUCAAUGCAUCAAGGGUUAGCCAAUUGCGAACUUCAAGAAAGUGGUCAAUGGCAUUCUAGUCUAAUAUGAUAUCACUCCGGAAAGUGCUUAGGCCAAAAUAGCCUAUUUAUUGGGCAAGGGAUACAGCAAUCAUGAAAUCUAUGAAAAGUUUCCAUAGAAUUUGUAGGGUGAGACUGAGUCAGUCAGGUAGUUUGAGAAAUUUGAAGUGCAAAAGUAGCAUUUCAUCCAAACAAUAUUGGAGACUCUGCAAAAGACUUCUGGGGAUGAAUAGAUUAGUCAGAAUAUGGACAUUAUGAAUAAAUAUAUAAUACCUAAUUUGGGAUGCUUUCUUGCUACGACUGGGCAGUUGGAAUUGAUCAAGGAUUUGAGGAGGAAUGAAGGAAAUCUCAAUAUUCCUGAUUUUGAUGGUAGAACCAUACUUCAUUUGGCAGCUGCAAACAAACAGAUUGAAAUCAUAAAAUAUUUAGUCGAAGAGGUUCAUAUUGAAAUCAAUCCGAUCGAUUAUUUAGGAUAUUCUCCCAUGUACGAAGUGUUGAUUAGUAGAGAUAAAGACUUGUUACUUUACUUUUAUUAGAAUGGAGGCACAAUCUCAGCACCUCAUCAUAUAUUAGUGGAUUUAAUCUUGUCAUCUGGUUUGAGUGGAGACUUGUAGAUGUUAGAACUUAUAUUCCAUGGGGGAAUCAAGAAUCUGAAUCAUUUUGUUAAUGUUGAUAAUAGAAAUAUAGCUCAUAUGGCAGUUAUGUCUAUGAAUUCCAAAAUCAUCAAAUUCUUGAGAUUCAAAGCUAAAUUCGACUUUAGCAACAGAGACAGAUGGGGAAACACUCCAUUGGAAAAUGCACUUGAAAUCAAAACCAGGAAAAUCAAAAUUAUACAAGUGAAUGAAGUCGCCCUUGAUGAAAUCAUUGAAAUGUUGGUUACUAUAGGAAAUGAUUGAUGUAUCCAUAUUAUAUAUAUAUAUAUUAUAAACAAAUUUG